UGAAUGUCUCAUGUGUUCUCGUCCCGUUAUAUCGUUAGACGUUACAUUCAAUUACACAUUUUGUGUUUCGUGUACGUUUGACGGUUACGGUGUGUCUGAUUGAGAUUUCAAGCAUUCGCAUUUUCUGGUACCUGCGUGCACUUUCACAAUAUUCAAGUCACGUGUGAGCUUCAUAAUGAGUACCGACAGUAUUGAAAAACUGUAUAGGAACUUUGGCAUUCUUGCUGACGCUAAAGAUAAACUGGUACAACAUGAAAAGGAAUAUCUGGAAAUUCUGACAGCAGUUAAAGGAUCACCUAAGGAAAAACGGCUAGCAUCGCAAUUUAUUGCAAGAUUUUUCAAGCAUUUUCCAAAGCUAGCGGAUCAAGCUAUAGACGCUCAUUUAGAUUUAUGCGAAGAUGAAGAUAUGGCUAUUCGAAAACAAGCUAUUAAAGAUUUACCAGCACUUUGUAAAGACAAUAAAGAACAUACAGCACGAAUUGCAGAUAUCUUAGCACAAUUAUUACAAGCUGAGGAUUCUUCAGAAUUGGCAGUUGUACAUAACAGUAUUAUGUCACUUAUGAAAAGUGAUCCUAAAGGUACCUUAAGUGGAUUUUUUAGCCAAAUUAUUAGUGGCGACGAUGGAACGAGAGAACGUUGUAUAAAAUUUCUAGCUAUCAAGCUUAAAGCAAUAGGACAUGACAUUAUUACGAAAGAACCGGAAGAUUUGCUAAUUAUAGAAUGUAAAAAAGUAUUGCAGGAUGUGACUGCUGACGAAUUCCACAGUAUUAUGGAAAUUCUUGCAUGGACUAGAUUGGGAUCUACUAUCACUGGACAACAAGAAUUGGUUGAUAUUACGAUAGAACAAGCUGAAUUGUCUGUACCUUUUAAGCACACUAAUGUCGAACAGUGGAACAGAUUGGUUCAAUGUGUUAAACAUGCUCUUCCAUUCUUCAGUUCGCAGAUAGAUUCUUCAAAAUUUGUUUCAUACAUUUGUGUACAAGUUCUACCACAUUUGUCUUUGAUGACUUCUCCUGAUGAUAGAGAUAUACAAUUGGAACUGUUAAAGUUGCUUGCUGAAUUAACUGUAUUUUGUGGAACUAUUGAGAAACCCGAAGACAAGGUUCAACAGCUUUACAAUACUCUUAUUACCUAUAUGCCACUUCCUCCGGCUACAGAAAUUACAGAUGUACCAAAGUUACAAUUUAGUCAUGUGGAAUGUUUAAUGUACGCCUUUCAUAAGUUGUGUAAACAAACUCCUGAAUUUUUGAUAAAAGAUGCAGAGCAACUCAAAGAAUUCCGAUUAAGAUUACAAUAUUUUGCAAGAGGUAUUCAAGGUUAUAUAAAGAAAUUACGUGAAGCUAUUAGUGGAAAGACAGAAGAAGAAUUGAAAUCUGAAGAAAAUCAAUUGAAAGUUGUGGCAUUGAAAACAACCAACAAUAUCAAUACUUUAAUCAAAGAUCUGUUUCAUUCACCUCCUAGCUUUAAAAGUAUAAUACAUCUUUCGUGGAAAACGCCUUGUAACGACAAAAAGAGCGAUAAAAAUUCUGUCCAAAAAAGACAUACACCAAUCACAUUUGGAAAUGACAAUAGUUCGAACAAACGUAGUAAGGAAGAUAAAAACAGCAAAAGAGAAAUAUAUACGCCUCCCAGUGGCAAAUACAGUUCAACCAUAUCAAAUUACGGUCGUGGUAGAUUUAAAGGUAACAGACCUAGAGGAAGAGGUGGAUUCAGAACGAGAGGUCGUAGCUCAUGGCGAAAGAAUUUUUAUUAACUAUAAAAUUCCUUACAAAUGGAAGCAGCUAAAAUUAGAGUAACAAUAUUAAGCGCCUAUUUGUUUCCUGAUACCAACAAAGCGCGCUUUCAAAGAAGUUAUCACAAAAUUUAAUUUUUUAUUCAUCUUUAUCGCAACAUAUAACAAGUGAUAGUUUGAAGACUUUGAUAAAUUGCCAGAACAGAGAGGAAUCAGAAAAUCAAUAAUUUCCCAAGCAUUAUGAUAUGGGAAGAAGAUUUGGAGAAUGCAAUUGUAGCAUUAUAUGAAUAUUUUGUUUAAUUAUUGUAAUAUGAAUCGCAAUGAAAAUCCAAAAUAUUUCAGACAUUUAUUAUUAUAUAAAA